AUGGGCCCUAAAGCGAGUCUUAGUCCCGAGUCGAGCCACUCAUCCGCGUCGGCGUCCUCUUCGUCGUCCUCCUCGUGCGGUGCCUCGACUCACGAUGGCUGCUCCCCGUCGCCACCGCCCUCGACUUCAUCCCCAGCGCCCUCCUCCGCCGUGACGGCGGGCAAGGCCGUGUUGUCUGCCGCCAACGCUUCCAGCGCUGCCAAUGCCUCGGCCGCCGCCCGCCAGCCAUUGAGCCGUCGCGGCCACUUCAAAUCGCGCCUCGGCUGCUUCAGCUGCAAGCGCCGUCGCGUCAAGUGCAACGAGCUGCGCCCCGAGUGCUCUCCCUGUCGCCGCCUGGGCCUCACCUGCGUCUAUCCCCCGGCUGCCAGCAAUGCCUCCCCGUCUGCUUCUAGCUCUGUUGGUGUCGCCGCCGCCGCCAUCCGUGCCAAUCCUUCGAUGCUUGUCCUUCAAGAUCUGCGAUUCUACCACCAGUUCCUGACCACGGCCUUUCCCACGCUUCCACUUCGCGGCGCUCAGGUCUGGUCCGAGGCCGCCUACGAACACCUCGCUCACGCCCUGCUCGGACUCGGCGCCUCCCACCUCUCGCAGAACGGCAACGUUGACUACACCUCCGAGGCCCUGCAGCACCGCGUGGUCGCCAUCAAGCUCUUCAACGAGCGGCUCGGCCAGCCGCCCCAGUCGGCCGCCGACGCGGACGCUCUCUUUGCCACCGUCGUCUGCCUCCUCACACAGUCAUCCCUGCUCUCUGACACGAUGGUCGAGUACAUGACCAUGACCCGAGGCGCCAAUCUCGUCGCCACCUCCGUCAUCACCGACUAUUCCAACUCCAUAUUUCGCUCCUUCACUCCGGAUGGCCACAUCCAGUCGCUCACGGCCAUGGUCUGCGAGACAUUGCCCAAGGAUUUCGGUGUCAUUGACGCCUUUAGGGCGUCUGUCGUGAGCCUCGAGCCACUGUGCCGUGAACAGACCGAGAGGGCCUACCUAGGCUGCCAGGUUCGAUUUUGUGGUCUUGUACAUGAUGCCCUCAUCCUUUUCAAACCAAGAGUUUCUUUCACUGGUCAAUCCAGAGAACCAUGCCGGCCAACUGCUCGUCAUCCACAUGUUCCUGCUCGACUACAUUCUCGGCCGGUUCUGCAUCGACCCGGCGGACGGCCCAAAGCUGCCCGGACGGAAGAAUGUUAUUAUUGGUUGGACCAAGGACCUGGCCAGGGCACUGCCCAGCGAGUACCAACAGUACAUCCAAUGGCCGCUUCAGUAUUGCGAGGUACUAGCUGGCCUGGAUGCACGGUACCUACUCAGCCCGUAACCGAGGCUUUCUAG